AGAAUAAUUAUAAACAAUGGCCAAGUCAAAGAAUCAUACCAAUCAUAAUCAGAACCAAAAGGCUCAUAAAAAUGGAAUUAAACGUCCAGCUCGUAAUCGCCACGAGUCAUCAAUUGGUAUGGAUGCUAAAUUCGUUCGUAACCUUCGUUUCUCAAAGAAAGGCAACGUAACACGUGAUGAAGCAGACAAACGUGCCAAAGAGAACAAGGACAAAAAACGUCAAUCUAUCAAGUUGUAAGCUGCUUCGUUGAUUCCAGCAAAAAAUGAAAUAAAAGAUACAAAAAGUUUCUUGCAAAAACAAACAUAAA